GCAUGCUAUGGAUGGCCUUGAGUGAUACACAACCAAUGUUUUUGACUGAAAUUAUAUCCUGUUUAUAUCCUUUCCUGUCUUGUCAAAAGCAAUGCUACUCUGUUCUGAUCCACUCUUUUCCCAGGGAAAGUGAACCUUUCAAAGAGAUUGUGUUUGCAUUAUUGAGUGUCUUGCCAACUGUGAAAUGUAUUCAGAAUGCUCAUCAGAAGAUGUUGUAUUGAGUGUUCAUGUGUUCAUCCUAGUUUUGUUUCUUAGACGUCUUUGUCAUUUGUGUCUUUGUCAUCUGCUGCAGCCAGAAACACAAUCCAUCACCAUCUCUCAGAUGUUUGCCAAAGCCACAAAAGCCUUCGUGAAGGACACAGAUCAUGAGGGACGCCUGAUCCCUGUGUCCAGUCUGAAUGACACAGACAAACUGAAUCUCCGAUCACUCAUUGUCAAGACCAGGCACAGAUGCUUCUGGCAGGAACCCAAAUACCAGUCCCCUGGCUUUACCCUCGGUGAUGUCCUGAAGCCUGGAGAGCCUGGAAACACACCUUUAAGCCCAACUGUCAAGGAGUGUGACUUUGUGGACUACAGUGGGACAUUUGGUGACAAGAAAGAAAUGAACGCAGAUGGGAACGUGGAGGCAAAGUUGGCUGAUUUCAACAUUACCGUGGGAGGGAAAUGGUCCACCAAACAGAAGCUGUCCCUUGGCAGCCUGAACAAAGAGAAGGUUGAUGUGAAGGACUUACACAACUACUCAAAAGACAGAGUUCUGGACAUGUCUCAUCCUGUGAUCAAGCAGACCCGCGUGAAUCCCAGAGCAGUGUUAGGCGUCUUGACGGAGAGGAUUAUGACGUCACUACCUUGUCCGGUCACAAACAAUGUCCGGAAGCGUGGCAAUGUAGGAGCCAACGUGAGCGCCUGUGUGUUCCUGAGCGGGAAGGCCUCUAUGAAGCAGAGCGGCAGUACUCAGACAGAUAGUGAUGUGUCACUGGGUAUUCCUGCAAAUACUGUCAUGGCCUACAGUCUGAUUGAACUCUACGUCAAAUGCAAUGGACAGUUUGAGCUGUGCCUCAUUUGCAACAAUGGGGGCUUUGAAAAGGUUUGGUCAAAGGAUGAGAUUGAAGGGGAUGGAAUUAUGGACCUGAGAGGCAACUUUGCUGCCAACAACAGCCCCCUAAAUCUAAACAAAGAACUGGACAAACUGAGUGGUCAUUUUCAGCUGCUGUCAGCUCUGCCGGUUGCCAAACGCUCCUCUCUGCUCCAGCUCCUCAAGACAACCAUGGAGGACAGAGAGGCAGUCAGUGUGCUGGAGAGUGUGCUGGAUCAGAUGUGUGAUGGUGAGACUCCUGACCUGGGUGAUCUGGAAGAGUCUGAGAGGGAAACAGUCCAGGCCAUACUGGAUCUUGUAGACCAAUGUGUUGGGAAGGAUGAGGACGAGAUCAGAUCCUCACUUCUCAGUGCCAUCCACCUCAUUGUCAGUGCCAUGGACGGAAUGACAGAUGUGGGUCUGUCUGUGUUGGGAUCGUGUUGCAGUCCUCCAGUCUUACAGGCCCUGCAGAUCCUGGUGCAGCAUGUGGCAGCAGGGAGUGGGGAGACCCUCUCUCUGAGAGAUGCAGGUCUGGCUGUUCUGACUGAGGAGGAGGUGUAUCAGAGGACAGAGAGUCUCUUUGGUCACUCUAAAGUUACACUGAAGAGAGAGGAGGACACACUGAGGACAGAGAUGAAGGACCAGCCUGGAUACCUUCCUCUAGUCAUGAGUAUCGCUGUGAAAGGCCUGGCCUCUUUAGUGUAGUGUAGUGUAGUGUAGUGUAGUGUAGUGUAGUGUAGUGUAGUGAGUGAGUGAGUGAGUGAGUGAGUGAGUGAGUGAGUGAGUGAGUGAGUGAGAGUGAGAGUGAGAGUGAGAGAGAGAGAGAGAGAGAGAGAGAGAGAGAACAUGUCAAUCCAGUUUGAACUGAUACACUCAGUAUUCUAUUCCAUGUUUGACUCCUGCACUAGUUGAGCUGAAGAACUAGUGAACAACAGUGUAUUUAUCCUUGUAAUGUUUUCAGUAAAGUUCAACAAACGAUAUCAGAC